AUGCUGGCAGAUAUGGCAAAACUAGAUUACGAAGAAAGGCCGCUCAACUGGGGUUUCAAUAACCAGGAGAGUGAGCCAGCUACAUCACAAGUGGAUGCAUUUGACCAUUGUUAUUUACCUUCUAAUGAUUUCGAUCGCUUCGUGAAUUCUACACAUGACUACUAUUAUCGUGUAGGGCAAUGGGAUUUGGACGAACAAGAGCAUUCCUAUGCGUUUCAAGUCCCUUCAGGAUCUGCAAAUGAAGGCUACGAAUGGAUAGGAUACGAAGACGCUGCAGUAGCAUCUUCUUCCACUCCUGGUGUGCAUGGUGUUGUCCUGAAUACGCACAACUGCCAGUGGGGGACAUGUUCACUCGGUUUCGAAAACUUGGAAGAUCUUCAAAAGCAUGCAGAGGCUCACCUUAUUUCUACCAGUAGGCAAUGUCUGUGGCGAGGGUGCAGCAAAAUGGAGCGGCGGUAUGCCCACAGAUACUUACUUUCCCGACACUUGAGAUCACAUACGGGCUGCACUCCAUUCGCCUGCGAUCAAUGCAGCAGUCAGUUUGCAACGAGAGAGAGAUUGCGGCUACAUACGCGAGCGGUUCAUAUGCCAGAAGUGAAAUACAUGUGCGAAGUGUGCGACCGUCUGUUCAAAACGACUUCUGAGAGGCGACAUCAUAUGACACGAAUGCAUAUGAAGGAGCGUUUGGUAUGUCGGCACUGUGGAGGACUCUAUUCGGGUAGAUCUGUUCUGAGUCGUCAUAUGAAAGUAUGUAAGGAGAAAUAA